AUGAAAUUCAUCGACUCUGCUUCAAGAACUGGAUGCUUUGAGGUUUUCAAUCACGGGGUUCCUUUGGACUUGAUCAAAUCAGCUUUGGCUGCUGGGAAUGGGAUUUUUGGAAUUUCGCCUGAGAAGAAGAAGAUUAUGACAAGAUCGACGGAACAGCCAUAUGGGUUCGAAGAUUUCCAUGGCGAAAAAGAACAGGAAAAGGAUAUUAAUGACGAGUUUAUUUGUGAAAAGAUGGAAAAGCUGGUCUCAAUGAUGGAGAGCAUGGCAGAGAAGAUUCUGCAAUUGCUAGAGCAGAAUACUUAUUCAUCUGUGACAAGUAAUUGGGAAGAUGUGAAGAAAGAGGAUCAUCAUCAUCAAGAAUUCAGUUCAAUCUGUUGUCUCCAAAAGCAUAAUAAUUGGCAGCUUAUGAUGAAUGGAGAUCAAUCAGAGAGUUCUUUAAGGUAUAAUGUGAUUAGGAUGCUGGUUAGAGGAGCAGAAUUCCCUCAUGCAUUAUGUGUUCAUGUCUUCAAUGGAGCUCAAGAAUUCCAUGUCUACUCCAAGAAAGGAUGGGUUUCUUUCCAUCCUGAUCAGGAUUCAUUAAUCAUCACCAUUGGUGAUCACCUCAAGGAAUGGGGUAGGGGACAGAUCAAGCAUGUAAUAGGAAGGCCAAUCUUCAAAGGUGGUGAUGAUCAUGAUCAGCAGCAACAUAUUUCAAUGGCCUUCCUGUAUUCUCCUUUAUUCAUCACCAAUUCUGACAAAGCUAAGAAGAAAAAGCAGCAUGCCAUUUCAAUUGGAUGUCCAGGACCCAAAACAAGAAUAAAUGGCGGAAAGAAAAUAUAUAUAUUUCUAACAAAGUGCAGGACACAAAAUUCUCUGGGAAAGUACUUCAAUAAUCUCACUCUGACAAUGGGUAUGGAUACCGAGCUCAAUUCAAUGGAAAUGGAAAAUGAUUUCGAUGCCGAGUUUACAGUAGCUGAGGUUAUGGAAAUGGAGAGCCUAUACAGGAGGAAAAUGGGAGGAAAACCCCUUAAAUCAGAGUUCUUUCAAGAACUAUCUGACAAGUUCAAUAAUUCAGUUCAUCGAUGUGGGAAGCCUUUAAUAGAAUGGGAGCAGGUGGCAUAUUGGUUCCAAGAUCGGGGGAAGAGAGAACUGAAAGAUGAAGUCCUAGCUAUGCAUCGAAAUGUGAAGAAAUCUAAUGUUCAUGCAAAUAUGCUCAUAGAUAAAAGUGCAACUGAUUCUGCACUUACUAUUCGUGAAGAAGUCAAGUUGCAAUUUCCUGAUGCAGGCUUAGACCUUGCAAUUCAAACUUAUUAUAAGUCCAGAGAUGUUGUCGCUGCAGAGCUGUCUGGCUUGCUUUACGAAGCUAAAUCAGCGAGGGAUCUUGCUUGGUAUGAUGUUGGUUCGUUUCUCAACUACAGAAUUGUGCAUUCUGGAGAGCUUGAAGUUCGUGUAUGGUUUGCUGGUUUUGAUAAGGAUCACGAUGAGCGGGUUAAUGUGAAAAGGGGUGUAUGUGAGCGUUCAAUUCCUUUGGAGGAUUCAGAAUGUGAGAAGGUCAAGGUUGGAGACCUUGUUUUAUGCUACAGGGAAACUGAAGACCUCGCUGUAUACCGGGAUGCAAGGGUAAUAGAUAUUAAAAGAAAACUACACGAUGAGACCGAAGGUUGCACUUGCAUGUUUGGUGUCCGUUUUGACUUUGAUUUUUUUGAGGACCACGUUCGGAAAAAGAGACUGUGUGGCAGGCCGUCUUUGUGA